CGGUGGGGGGGGAGCCUUUGCCAGGCCAGGCUCCAGCGGCGGCGGCGAUGGCCACGGUCCGGGCUCUGGCGGGGCUCACGGCCGGCUUGCAGAGCCCGCGGGUCGUCCCCAACCCGGACUCGGACUCCGACACCGACUUGGAGGAGCCGAAUCUCCGGCGCAGCGCGGGCGGGCUGCUCCGCUCGCAGGUCAUCCACAGCGGUCACUUCAUGGUGUCGUCCCCGCACAGCGACUCGUUCACCCGGCGGCGAGACCAGGAGGGCCCGGUGGCGCUCGGUGACUUCGGGCCGCGCAGCAUCGACCCCACGCUCACCCGCCUCUUCGAGUGCAUGAGCCUGGCCUACAGCGGCAAUCUGGUCUCCCCCAAGUGGAAGAACUUCAAAGGCCUGAAGCUGCUCUGCAGAGAUAAAAUUCGACUCAACAACGCCAUCUGGAGGGCCUGGUACACCCAGUAUGUGGAGCGACGGAAGAGUCCGGUGUGUGGCUUCGUGACCCCCUUGCAAGGGCCUGAGGCAGAUGAGCACCGCAAACCUGAGGCCGUGGUCCUGGAGGGGAAUUACUGGAAGCGGCGCAUCGAGGUGGUGAUGCGUGAAUACCACAAGUGGCGCAUCUACUACAAGAAGCGGCUUCGUAAAUCCAGCAGGGAAGGAGAUCUCCUGGCCCCGAAGCAGGUGCAGGAGGGGUGGCCCGCGCGGGAGCGAUGGUGCGAGCAGCUCUUCUCCAGUGUGGUGCCCGUGCUGCUGGGGGGCUCCGAGGAGGACCCGGGGGGCCACCAGCUGGACCUCGACAGCUUCCUGUCCGACAUCUCUGACACGCUCUUCACCAUGACACAGCCCAGCCCCUCAGCCCUGCAGCUGCCCCCCGAGGACGCCUACGUGGGCAAUGCUGACAUGAUCCAGCCGGACCUGACACCCCUGCAGCCCAGCCUGGAUGACUUCAUGGAGAUCUCAGACUUUUUCUCCAACUAUCGCCCACCCCCUACACCCGGGCCCACGAACUUUCCAGAGCCCCCCAGCUUUGGCCCAAUGGCCAACCCCAGCUUCAGCGGAGGGAUCCUGGGCUCCCAGGUGCCCACUGCUUCUUCAGGCGAGACCCCCAUCCCAGGGCACAGCCGCCUGCAGGCUCAGAGCAGCUGCCCUGCCCCCCUGGACACCAGCACCUUCCUGAGCCCCGACUUCCUCCUCUCUGAAGACCCCAAGUCCAAGCUCCCAACCCCAGCUGCACCACCACCCUUCCUCCCAUUCCCAACCCCAGCCAAGGGGCCCGGCCUGGAGUCCUGUCCCCCAACCCCCUUCCCACCUCUACUGCUGCCCCCCACUUUGCUGCCCGAGGAGCCUGUCUUUGCCCCCAGAUUCCCCUUUCCUGCUGCCCCCCUAGACCCAGGAGUGGCCCCGCUGCCAGCCCCAGCUGCCUUCCCCCCCACCCCACAGCCCAGCCCUGCCCGCUUCUCCCUGGACCUAGUGCCCCCAGGGUACCCUGAAUCCCCACUCCGGCCUCACUUUGCAGUGCCCCAGGGCCUGCAGCCCAGAGGCAAACCCCCCACCCCAUCCCACAACGGGCAGAAGCUCAGCCCCCCUAGUUUGGCCCCUGCUUCUGGGGCCAGCAACCCCUGCCUCACACAGCUACUGACGGCAGCCAAGCCGGAGCAAGCCCUGGAACCCCCACUCCUGUCCCGCACCCUCCACCGGCCCCCAGGGUCCCUGCAGAAACCGGUCCCUGAGUUCCAGUGUGCCUUCUUUCCCCCGGGUCCAGCCCCCGUGCCACCCCGGCCUCCCCCAGGCCAGGCGACACUGGCCCCACCCAGACCCCACAUGAUCCCCAAGUCAGAGCGUCUGUCCCCACCAGUGCCCAGCGGUGGUGAGCGGCGGCUGUCCGGGGAAGUCACUCCGGCCCCGGGUCUGGGGGCUCUGAACGUGCAUGUGUCUCCCCCUCACCCCAUGCUAAGCCGGGGCCGCCCAGACAGCAGCAAGACGGAGACUCGGCGCAUAACGCACAUCUCUGCGGAGCAGAAACGACGUUUCAACAUCAAAUUGGGCUUCGACACCCUGCACGGGCUGGUGGGCACACUUAGCGCCCAGCCCAGCCUCAAGGUGAGCAAAGCCACGACGCUUCAAAAGACGGCGGAGUACAUCGCCAUGCUACAGCAAGAGCGUGCGGCCAUGCAGGAGGAGGCCCAGCGGCUGCGUGGGCAGGUGGAGGAACUCAACGCUGCCAUCAGCCUGUGCCAGCAGCAGCUGCCCGCCACCGGCGUGCCCAUUACACACCAGCGCUUUGACCAGAUGCGGGAUAUGUUCGAUGACUAUGUCCGCACACGCACGCAGCAUAACUGGAAGUUCUGGGUCUUCAGCGUCAUCAUCCGGCCUCUGUUCGAGUCCUUCAAUGGGAUGGUGUCCACUGCCAGCCUGCAGAGCCUCCAGCAGACGUCGCUGGCCUGGCUGGACCAGUACUGCUCGCUGCCUGUUCUCCGGCCAACUGUCCUGAACUCCCUCCGCCAGCUCAGCACCUCCACCAGCAUCUUGUCGGACCCCAGCUGCAUCCCCGAGCAGGCCGCGAGGGCCGUUAUGGAGGGCAAACCCUUAUAAUGCCACCUGCACCUGUCUGUGGCUCUCUGGGUGGGACUCCAGGGAUGACUUCGGGGUACGCCCCUGCUGCUGCGGGCCCAGCUGUCCCUUUUUCCUGGGAUCCACUCUGGGCCCGGGUCACUGCUCACCUCUCCAGGAGCUAGGAAGAGAAGGAGCUCCUGGCCAGCAAGCAACACUGGGGACCCCCUACUGGCUGUGGGACCCCUACCUUCCUGACUACAAAGUGGCAUGAGAGAACCAUGACCGGAAAACAACCCCCAACCUUAGCAGCGAUGACAAUUGGGGGGGGGGUGGUAAGCUACAACUCAAGGAAUCUUCUGGAAUGAGAGGACAAUCUUGUUUCCCAUGGGUCUGUUUCUGGGCAGAAACGCAGGAAAGGUUCUGCUCCUUCAUGGGUAGCUUUUGGGGGAGGUGGGCAGGGGGAGCCUCCCUUGGAGUGGGAGGACUGACCCAGGAACCAUCAGGGCAGGUCGUUCUUGUGUGUGAGUGGGUAGCUCUCGUGCGUGUUGUGUAUGUGUGUGUGUGUGUGUAUGUAUUUUGUAAAGAAUUCUUGACCAAUAAAAACAAAACAAAACCCA